CAGCAGCAGCAGCAACAGCGGCCCAUCCGCAAGAGUAGCAAUAACAACGGUAGCAGCAAAUGCAGCACCAAAGACGGCAGCACCAAAGACGGCAGCAGCAACGAGAGCAGCAGCAGCAGCAGCAGAAGCACCAGCAGCAGAAGCAGCAGCAGCAGCAGAAGCAGCAGCAACAGCAGAAGCAGCAGCAACAGCAGCAGAAAGAAGAGCGGCAGCGAGAGACGAUCCGCAACGAAACAAAACCUGCAUAGUAGCACCGGCGGUAGCAGCAGCAGCAGCAGCACGAACAAUCGCAGCAGCAGUAGCAACAGCAGACGUAACAGCAACGGCAGCAGGCGUAACAGCGGCGGUAGCAGCAGCAGUAGCCGCUGUAGCAGCAACAGCAGCAGCAGCAGUAGCAGCUGUAGCAGCAACAGCAGCAGCAGCAGCAGUAACAGCUGUAGCAGCGACAGCAGCAGCAGCAGUUCCUCG